UUGAGCUUAAGAUCAAAACCCACAAGACAUUUUUCCCAAAAUGUCGUCUGUUAAAUUGCAGUUGCAUGAUAAGGGCAACCAUGUGGUGAUGGAUAAUGGCAUUGCACGGGUUACAUUAUCGAAGCCUGAUGGAAUUGUUACCGGAAUCGAGUAUAAUGGCAUCGAUAACUUGCUCGAGGUUCUUAAUGAAGAAGUCAACAGAGGGUAUUGGGAUCUCGUUUGGGGAGGAGCAGGAACCGCUGGUGGAUUCGAUGUAAUCAAAGGAACAAACUUUGAGGUAAUAAUGAAGAAUGAAGAACAGAUUGAGCUUUCUUUCACAAGAAAAUGGGAUCCAUCACAAGAAGGCAAAGCAGUCCCUCUGAAUAUUGACAAAAGAUUUGUUAUGCUUCGUGGAUCGUCCGGAUUCUACACUUACGCCACCUACGAGCAUUUAAAAGAAUGGCCUGCUUUCUCACUUGCCGAAACCAGAAUCGCCUUCAAGCUCAGAAAAGAGAAGUUUCAUUACAUGGCAGUAACGGAUGAUAGGCAGAGAUUCAUGCCAUUGCCUGAUGACCGGUUACCGGACAGAGGCCAAGCUCUGGCUUACCCUGAAGCUGUUCUACUUGUUAAUCCUUUAGAGCCUCAGUUCAAAGGAGAGGUUGACGAUAAGUACCAAUAUUCGUGUGAGAACAAAGACAUUACUGUCCAUGGAUGGAUAUGCACAGAGCAGCCAUCGGUUGGUUUCUGGCUCAUAACUCCUAGCCAUGAGUACCGAACCGGUGGACCUCAAAAACAGAACUUGACAUCUCACGUUGGACCGACAGCUCUUUCUGUAUUUAUGAGUGCACACUACACAGGGGAAGAUCUCGUUCCAAAGUUCAGUGAAGGAGAGGCAUGGAAGAAGGUGUUUGGACCGGUUUUCGUCUAUUUAAACUCUUCUACUGAUGAUGAUAAUGACCCUCUUUGGCUCUGGCAAGAUGCUAAAUCUCAGAUGAAUGUGGAAGCAGAGAGCUGGCCUUACAGUUUUCCAGCUUCAGAUGAUUAUGUGAAAACAGAACAACGUGGUAAUGUUGUUGGUAGACUCCUCGUUCAAGACAGGUAUGUAGAUAAAGAUUUCAUUGCAGCCAAUAGAGGUUAUAUUGGUUUGGCUGUGCCUGGAGCUGCUGGUUCAUGGCAAAGAGAAUGCAAGGAGUAUCAAUUUUGGACAAGAACAGAUGAAGAAGGAUUCUUUUACAUAAGUGGAAUACGGCCAGGCCAAUAUAAUCUCUAUGCAUGGAUUCCUGGUUUUAUUGGGGACUAUAAGUAUGAUGAUAUAAUCACCAUCACCUCAGGUUGUUAUAUAUAUGUGGAAGAUCUUGUAUAUCAACCUCCAAGAAAUGGAGCUACGUUAUGGGAGAUCGGCUUUCCAGAUCGAUCUGCUGCGGAGUUUUAUGUUCCCGAUCCGAAUCCAAAAUAUAUCAAUAAACUUUAUCAAAAUCACCCUGACAGAUUCCGACAAUAUGGCUUAUGGGAAAGAUAUGCAGAACUUUAUCCAGAUAAAGACUUGGUAUACGUAGUUGGCUCUAGCGACUAUAGAAAAGACUGGUUUUACGCUCAAGUCACUAGAAAAAAAGAUAGCAAAACAUAUCAAGGAACAACAUGGCAAAUCAAAUUCGAACUCAAAAACAUUGAUAAGAAUCACUCCUAUACUUUACGAGUAGCCAUCGCAUCAGCUACUUUUUCCGAACUCCAAAUACGUGUGAACGAUGCGAAUGCAAGCCCGUUAUUCACGAGCGGAUUGAUCGGGAGAGAUAACUCGAUAGCAAGACAUGGAAUACAUGGAUUGUACUGGUUGUUCAAUGUGGAAGUGGCUGGAUCUAAGCUUUUAGAAGGCGAGAAUACAUUGUUUCUCACACAGCCAAGGUCCACAAGUCCUUUCCAAGGGCUCAUAAUCCAGACUCCAGAUCAACUAUUGAAUGUUGCAUUCUGCCAAAACCAAACUCCUGAGCCAGAAUCAACACAAGUCUUGCAGCUACAUUACCAAGAUCGAUAUGUGGUAAUAGAGAAUGGAAUUUUUCAAUUAACUUUAUCGAAUCCUGAGGGAUUUGUCACCGGAAUCCGGUACAAUGGUAUCGAAAAUGUGCUCGCGUACACGGGCAAAGAAUAUGAUAGAGGUUACUGGGACUUAGUGUGGAACUUUCCUGGCAAAAAAGCUAAAAAGACCAAAGGCACACUAGACCGGAUUGAAGCAACAAAGAUGGAAGUGAUUACGCAGAACGAUGAACAGAUAGAGCUAUCGUUUUCAAGAACAUGGAAUACGUCUUCAACAACGGCUGUUCCAGUGAAUAUAGACAAGAGGUUUGUAAUGCUGCGAAACUCCUCGGGGUUCUACAGUUACGCCAUCUUCGAGCGGUUACAAGGAUGGCCCGCUGUUGAACUCGAUAAUAUGCGAUUAGUAUUUAAGCUAAACAAGGACAAGUUUCAUUACAUGGCGAUUUCAGAUGACAGGCAAAGGUACAUGCCUCUGCCAGAUGAUCGGAUUCCGCCUCGUGGUCAGCCUCUUGCUUAUCCCGAGGCGGUUCAACUUCUCGACCCUAUUGAGCCCGAUUUUAAAGGAGAGGUGGAUGACAAGUAUGAAUACUCAAUGGAGAGUAAAGACAUAAAAGUUCAUGGAUGGAUAAGUACAAAUGAUUCAGUUGGGUUCUGGCAAAUUACUCCAAGCAACGAGUUCCGAUCUGCUGGCCCUCUCAAGCAAUUCCUAGGCUCCCAUGUCGGUCCAACCAACCUUGCGAUAUUUCACAGCACUCACUAUGUUGGAGCAGAACUAAUCAUGAGUUUUAAAAACGGUGAAGCAUGGAAGAAAGUAUUUGGACCUGUCUUUAUUUAUCUCAACUCUUUUCCUAAAGGAGUUGAUCCACUCUUGCUCUGGCAUGAAGCCAAGAACCAGACGACGAUUGAAGAAGAAAAGUGGCCUUAUAACUUCACCGCUUCAGAUGAUUUUCCUGCAUCUGACCAAAGAGGAUCUGUUAGCGGUAGAUUACUCGUAAGAGACAGAUUCAUAAGUAGUGAGGAUAUACCUGCAAAUGGCUCUUAUGUGGGCUUGGCUGUACCAGGAGAUGUUGGCUCAUGGCAAAGAGAAUGCAAAGGUUAUCAGUUCUGGUCUAAAGCAGACGAAAAUGGAUCUUUUUCUAUCAAUAAUGUGAGAAGUGGUCGUUAUAAUCUCUAUGCAUUUGCUCCGGGAUUCAUCGGUGAUUACCACAACGACACUGUUUUCGACAUUUCUCCAGGCUCAAAGAUUAGCCUAGGAGACUUGGUGUAUGAACCUCCUAGAGACGGUUCAACUCUAUGGGAAAUCGGUGUACCAGACCGAAGCGCUGCAGAGUUCUACAUUCCUGACCCGAAUCCAAGCUUUGUAAACAAACUAUACUUAAACCAUUCUGAUAAAUUCCGACAAUAUGGAUUGUGGGAACGGUAUUCAGAAUUGUACCCCGAUGAAGAUAUGGUCUACAAUGUUGAUGUUGAUGAUUACUCUAAGAAAUGGUUCUUCAUGCAAGUUACAAGGAAGCACGCAAAUGGUGGGUAUAACGGUACAACAUGGCAGAUCAGAUUUCAAUUCGACGAUAAAAUGAAAAACUUAACCGGAAACUUCAAACUGCGAAUCGCUCUAGCAACAUCAAAUGUAGCAGAAUUGCAGGUUCGGGUGAACGAUCUUUCUGCAGAUCCUCCAUUGUUUACGACAGAGCAAAUAGGAAGGGAUAAUACAAUCGCAAGGCAUGGUAUUCAUGGACUAUAUUGGUUAUACAAUGUGAAUGUGCCUGCUGCUUCUCUUCACCUGGGAAAUAACACCAUAUAUCUAACUCAACCGCUCGCCACAAGUCCUUUUCAAGGACUCAUGUAUGAUUAUAUUCGUCUUGAAUAUCCUGAUUCCAUCAAUUAUAUUACUAGAUCAUAGAGUUGUAUUCAGUUUUCCUUAUAAAGUUGGUGAUUAAUA